GGAGAGGGGAAGUCUCGGCUGAAGAGGAAGCAGCUGUCCCCCUCUUCUUGUCGCAUCUCAAUUGCCCGACACUCUUUCAGACCGCUGUACAACAACCAACAACGAAGUCAGAGGAGCAGGAAGUCAUUCACCUCGCCUCUGUCGUUUUCAGUGACGCUCGCUGGUCGAGUAAACUACGUUCAUUACAGUUUCUGCUCUGACUCGACACCGUCAUUACCCCCAUGAUGCAUAUGACAUCUAUGGCACCCAGCCUACCUCUCACCUCCCCUCCUUCGAACGAAACCAUCCGCUCGCCGAAAUCGCCGGCUCCUUCUCCUUCUCCGGCGCCGACGACGGCUACUACCUCUACAUCCAUCCUGAAUGUCACAGCCUUGGGAUUUCCCUUCUCGGGAACAGGUACACCACCUCCGCCUGCCACCAAAGUCAGCGAGUCCGACAUCGUAGAGACACCUGACGACAACGUUCCCCGUUUCUCUCAUAACCCAUUCGACUCAUCUUUUGGUGAGGUAAACACUGACAGCAAGAGAGCCAGUGCGCUUGAAUACAUCGCGACGAACAUAGAUUCGCCUCUCCACGCCAUUCAGAAAAAUGGGGUUAGCGAGAAGCACCAGACCCAUGACGACCUCGAAGCCACUCUCGAACGCUUGAGGUCCUUGGAGCGAAACCUGCACACGUCCUCUUCUUCCGCGGACAGGACGGCCAGUUCCUGCUCCGACCGCGCAGACAGAAUCGAGACGCUCCUCCGUCCGCUUGAGCAGGAUCUCAAGAGGACCGCAACGACGGGUUCGGGAAGAAGAGCCAGUUUCUCGGAAGUCAGGGCUCAACAGCCAUAUCUUGUGAGGUCGAGGAAGAGGGGGAAUAGUUCUUCGGGGGUGUUGGGGCAAGUUAUGAAUGGGGGAGGAGAAGUGGUGAGGGCUGAUAGUUGCACGUUGCCGCGAAUGCUCGCCGGAGAGAAUUCUUAUGCACAACGUACGGCGACUGAAGCACAACAUGAGUACACCCUUCCCCACGGCUCCCCCCGCCGCGGCGCGAUUUCCAGUCCAAGCGGCACCCCCGCCCCCACCCGCUUCGCAAGCACAGGCGAACUCAUCAUCGAAGGCGACACGGUCUUCGAAGUCAUCGAAUCCCCAACCACCGUAGUGAUGCCCCUCCGGUUCACCCCUCGUUCUCCCCGUACCCCUCGCACUCCCCGUACGCCCGUUACUCCAACCGGACCACCGAAGACUCCGGUGACGGGGAGUCCGAAAUCGGCGAUGUCCAGGAAGAGCUCGAGGAGUAUGCCGAAGACGCCGAGGAGUGUUAAAGUGAGGUUUUCGAAUGCGGAGUUGGAGUUGGAGAUGCCGCCGCCUCCACCACCGCCGAAUAUUGGGCCCAAAAGUCCGCGGCAUUUGACGCCCGGGGUUACGCUUACGUAUCCCGAGCCGGCUCGGGCAGACGUCAUUUCACCCACCAGCAGCUCUCGCAAGAGCCUCAAGUCAUUUUCCCAACGCCCCUCCUCCUCCGCCACCCGUCCCGCCCAUAUUCCCACGCCUCUCGAUCUCUCCGCAAUCAGUAAAGCCGAAAAACACGGAAGUCUGACAUCAAUGACAGACCUAAUCUCCCGUUCCCGCAAGCUCGAAAAGAAACUCGAGAUGGGUCGUACAGCGAGUAUGGCUUCCAGUCCGAAAAGUGGCAGGAGUCGUUGGGAUUCGAUUUCUGGGAUCCUGAAUGCAUUUCCGCCGCCUACGCCCGCUGCUGGACAGCCGUAUGCGAGGGAGGGUAUGGUGCCGAUCGAGUACGAGAAAUUGGAAUCCGCAUCUACCCGGAACAUCCGUCGGAGAAUUUGUGGUCUUCCCGUCUGGGCGUUCAUCCUUAUGCUCUUCCUCAUUCCAGCUCUCAUCACCCUAGCCGUCGUUCUCCCCAUCGAGAUCGUGGGCGCGAAAAACAGUGUUACGGGACCUAGUGCGGCACAACUUGCGGGUUGUCAGUUGGAUUUGCCGUGUUUCAAUGGGGGCGUUAGUACGGUGUUGAGCGGAGGGCAGUGUGCGUGUUUGUGUACAGGGGCGUAUAGUGGGGAUCAGUGUCAGGUAUCUGCGAGUGAUCCUGCCUGCACCCAGUUGAACCUGGGCAGCUCCACCGCCUCGGUCGGGAGCAACAUCCCCUCUCUCCUCCAACUAGCGCCCUCCUUCGCCAUUAACAUCGAUACAUCAGCCGUCGUCUCCGCCUUGGAAAAUUCAAAUGUCUCCUGUACUGCGCAAAACGCCCUAGUCGACCUCACUCUUCCCUCUUCCUCCUCGAACGCGAAACGCUACCUCGUCGGUGAACUGAUCGAAGUUACGUCUACCUAUACCUCUGGAAAAUCGGCACACCCAACGACAUUUGCGACAAUGACUUAUGUCUCGGCAACCAGUAUCACCAUACGUCCUUCCUCCACCAUCACGGCUGCGACUGCGACCGGGUUACUUGUCGAUACAGCCAUGGCAGCGCAGCCUACUGCCGGUGCUUCAGCUUCCUCCUCGAACGCCGAUUCCAGUACUUUGAACUUUGCGAAAUGUGCUCUCUUGGCGAUUGUGCAGCAAAAAGGUAUUGAUGUGGCGAACACUGCACAUUCUGCGCUACAGACGAACUUCAAUCAGGGUGCUGGUAUGGCGGGCAACGUGACUGUUGGAAGAAGUAUUGUCAUUGAUUUGACGGAUCAGCUCGUGAGGGGGUUGUAGGGUGUCGUCCUGCAAGGCGCGGAGAAUAUGUGGUAUAAUUACAGUAUUUUGGUUAAGGAGGUCAACAGAUGGCUUCCAUAGCAUACGGGAGGGGUCACGGUAUUAUUGUUGCAUAUCGACAUUUAGAGUUUCUUUCUUAUACUGACUUUGGACUUUGAUUUUAGUAAGACAUUGCAACUGAAUUACAG